UGAAGGAUCACGAACUAAACUCACAUGUCCCUUGGUUCUGUUCAGGAUAACGAUCUUCUUUCUCUCUCCUUCACUUCAAUGGCGGCUCUCGGUUCGAUCUCUCUGCUAUCCAUCAAAUCCAUCUCCAUUUCAUCAUCAUCAUCAUUAUCUUCUUCUUCUUCUUCUUCUUCGUCAAAUUCAAGAACUGCGAAGCCUCUGCAGCUGGCUCCGAGGUCGUCCGGCGUCGUGUGCGAGAUUGAGUCUCCGGGGAAAGCCUCUUUCCGUGAAUCGAAGACUUGGCGAGCGGUGGUUUCCACGGCAUUGGCGGCGGCCGUCGUUAGCUUCGGCUCAUCUUUGCCGGCAAAUGCCGAUCUCAACAAGUAUGAAGCGGAGACUCGCGGCGAGUUCGGGAUAGGUUCGGCCGCGCAGUUUGGUUCGGCGGAUCUCAGGAAAGCGGUGCACGUGAAUGAAAAUUUCAGAAGAGCCAAUUUCACAGCUGCCGAUAUGAGGGAAUCUGACUUCAGUGGCUCUACAUUUAAUGGCGCCUAUCUCGAGAAAGCUGUCGCUUAUAAGGCAAACUUUACGGGUGCAGACUUGAGCGACACGCUGAUGGAUCGCAUGGUUCUCAAUGAAGCUAACCUCACCAAUGCAGUGCUAGCAAGAACAGUUCUCACCCGAAGUGAUCUUGGAGGUGCCACUAUUGAUGGUGCUGACUUCAGUGAUGCUGUUCUGGAUCUUCCACAAAAGCAGGCUCUUUGCAAGUAUGCAAGUGGCACAAACCCAAUUACAGGGGUAGACACCAGAAAAAGCUUGGGCUGUGGAAACAGCCGUCGCAAUGCGUAUGGCAGUCCAUCUUCACCUCUGCUAAGUGCACCGCCACAGAAAUUGCUUGAUCGAGAUGGCUUCUGUGAUGAGAGCUCUGGACUUUGUGAUGCAAAAUAAUUUUGAGAGGUAUUUUUUGGGAAGUUGUGAUGAAGUUCUUCAUCCUUGUACAUAAGAAAGUAUCCACUAAAUGAAGUACACUGUACGCUGGUCGUGAAUAUCGAUGUUGCUGCAAAUGAUGGUAGACAUUUGUUGAAGCCGAGAUGAGUUGAACAGGAAACACUGAAUUGAUUUUUUGAUCUUGGCGAGUUUGAAAUUGUGCCGUGACUAUA